UUUUUUCAAACUAAAAUAAAAAUAGCAAAGGGCACCAAAAUUUCUCAAAAACAUUCUAUCUUUGGUCAGCGUCUACACGCCAGGAAUGAUUUACAUAUAUAUAAAUUGCUGCCCCCUGCUGUUAGGGGUCUGAAAUAGUUUCUCAACUUUCAGUUACAAGCUGCCAAUCCAACAUUUACAGGAGCCUUGUUCUUGGACCCAAAGAAUAUACAAAUAUGUAUAAGACACAAUCCCUGACCUCAAAUUCUCUGUUCCUCUCCCAUCAGUUUCAAAACAUACAUUAAAUUUGACCCACUGGCAUCCAUUCAUUUAACAAACACUAGGCCACUACUGUGGUACAGACUCUUGAGACAAGAAUAUCCUGCCCCCGAAUAACAAAAGGCAUGUAAUUUAGGCUGUGACAACGGUGGGAAGGACAGUAAGGGAAUCAAGAGGGUACUACCCAUUUCGCCAACCAUAAAGGACAGGUAACAAAACGUUCCCAAGCCUCUAGCCAGCAAUGACCGCCAGGUGAGGCUUUUAAUUCGCUAUAAGGGUUUCUCCAAUUUUCCCUAACCGUUUCUAAGCAAUUUUUAAAAAUUGUAAUGAAUUAACAUCCAUAACCAGCAUGGCCAUCUAAACUCAGAAUAACAAUACCCGACCUCCAAGAAUCAGAAUCCCGGCUCGUUUUUACAGGGAAGGAUGUUGCCCUGCAACUGUUGAAUGACAAUACAGGAACAGCACUCGAUUCCCAAGCCAGGGUUUUUUCUCCCCACAAUGGCUUCGCGGCCUCUGGUCAUACAUACUCCUGGACCCAAGUCGCCCCACCUCACUUUUUGGUCCUUACAUUCCAUCCCUUCCUCUCCAAAUCUGUUCCCCAUGACAGGAAACCCAUCAGAUCACUAGUGAGGACAUAGCCCAGGACAGGGGAUUACUGAUUUUCGCUUUUCCACUGCCGACACUGGUUUAAGCUACUUCCUCUCCCUCUGGGCCCCAAUGCUCUAAUCCAUACAAUCUACGUCACAGGGCGGCCUAGAGGACAAAACAGAAUCGGUGAAACAGGAGACGGCGAGACUAGACUCUCGCCCUCACCACCCCCGAACUACCAACCGCCCAACCUUCCAACCGCCGCCAACUCAAUAUCGGAAGUGACGCAGACACAUCUUACUGCCCCUCGCCAACCGUAACUUUCUUUCUACGUAACUUCCUUAAACCUUGCUGUCUCCUAAGGCCCAAGACAGAGACGAGAUUCACUAGCGGAAAUCACGCGAAUAGUCUGUCGCCUCGCGAGGCGUAGGGAAUAUCGCGAGAUUUAUUUCACGUCUUCGUCUCUCUCUUCCUCUCUUCCUCUGCCCGCUCUGCUCUUCCCCUCCCCCUCCAUACCGACCGACAGCCUCAUCCUCUCAGCGCCGGGUUGAGUCGUCGCCGCCGCCGCCGCCGCCGCCGCUGAAGAAGAGAGCCUGUAGCUGCUGCUGUGUUCACCGUCUGACCUCGCUGCCUCACCUUUUGCUGCCGCCGCCGCCUCGGCUUCGGCCCCGGCUCCGGCCCCGGCCUUAUACAAGAUGUCUGAAGAUCUAGCAAAGCAGCUGGCUAGCUACAAGGCUCAGCUUCAACAAGUUGAGGCAGCAUUAUCUGGAAAUGGAGAAAAUGAAGACUUGCUAAAAUUGAAAAAAGAUUUGCAGGAAGUUAUAGAACUAACCAAAGAUCUUCUUUCAACCCAACCUUCGGAAACACUUGCAAGUUCAGACAGUUUUGCUUCUGCUCAGCCCACUCACUCCUGGAAAGUAGGAGACAAAUGUAUGGCAGUCUGGAGUGAAGAUGGACAGUGUUAUGAAGCAGAGAUUGAGGAGAUAGAUGAAGAAAACGGAACUGCUGCCAUCACAUUUGCUGGUUAUGGUAAUGCUGAAGUCACACCUCUACUCAAUUUGAAGCCGGUGGAAGAAGGAAGGAAGGCAAAAGAGGACAGUGGAAAUAAGCCCAUGUCAAAAAAAGAAAUGAUUGCCCAGCAACGAGAAUAUAAAAAGAAGAAAGCAUUGAAAAAAGCUCAGAGAAUAAAAGAACUUGAACAGGAAAGAGAAGAUCAGAAGGUGAAAUGGCAACAGUUCAACAAUAGAGCUUAUUCUAAAAACAAAAAAGGCCAGGUGAAAAGGAGUAUUUUUGCCUCACCUGAGAGUGUAACUGGCAAAGUUGGAGUAGGAACUUGUGGAAUUGCUGAUAAACCCAUGACACAGUAUCAAGAUACCUCUAAAUACAAUGUCAGGCAUUUGAUGCCUCAGUAAUCAGAGAAACUGGUGGAUUUCAUCUCUGCAGGGCUUUACAUUUACCUUUUUAUCCUUAUAUUUUUCUAAAGGUAAAUUAUUUGUUAGAUAGUAAGGAAGAGACUCAUUGUCAUCAUCUGACUUCAAACAAUAGAAUGAGACUUGAAGAAAUUGCAUUUGAUAACUGCUUUUCAGUUGACUUUCUUCAUUACUACCAUUUUCCCCAGAAUUUAUCCUGUAAUGCAACUUUUGUAGACAGACGCUGCCUAAAUACAGCACUUAGAUGAAGUGUUUAUCUUCCAGAUAUCAGACUUUGCCACAUACCUAAGAGUUUUAUCCUUUCCAAGUCAUAACUUGCAAGAUGCUUUGAAUUUGCCACGUAUUCCAGCAGCCUUUGGAGCUUCAUGGUAAAUCACCAUCCUGCUGAGCAGAUUUCCAACUUGUUCUAACUUCAGUUUAUACCCAAAUUGUUGUCAUCAAAUUAUGCCUAGAUACAGGUCCAUUUGUGGAUGGCAAAGUUUGUUGUGAAGUUUUUCUCCCCAAUAACUUCUUGAGUCUCUAGCCUUUUUCUGGAAUGACUUCAAUCCUCUUACACUUUUCAUUGAGACUUUAUUUUGUGUGAGAAACCAUGUUGAAGACCAGCUACCUUUUAUAAGUUUUGUACCUGUUUGUUUUUCUCCUCUGUUGAUUUUUGCUUCUGGUAGUGGUGCCACCUUUGGAUGUGUAAUGUUUAUAUGAGAAAAAAAAAAGCUAAUGUAUAGCCCUGUAUACAAUGUAGAUAUUAUUUUUGUAAAGACUAAGGCUGAAUUAAUGAACAAGAGUACUCUGAAUGUUUUCACCAUUAAAUUCUACUGUAUUUCUUGUGCAUUAAUCUGACCAUAAUUUCCUUGUAUAUUAUGUUCAUGUAGCUGAGUUUGUAAUUUUUGUUAACUAGAUCAGGUUGUCAGCAUUCAUUGAUGCAAGUGACCAUCACAAUUACCUGAGUUGCAUUCAGUUCAAGCUAAUAUAUGCAACUGAUAGUUUAGAAUGACAUGCAUAGAAAAAGGUACUUCCUAUUAAUGGAAGAUGGUGAUUUUUAUGACAAAUGUGUUAAUUUCAGUUUUGUAUGUUUAACUUUUAUUAAAUAAAGUGUUUUUAAAAUCUCUA